AUGCGCUUCCAAUCCCUCACAGCCGCCGCCCAGGCCCUCCUCCCACUCCAAGCCCUCGCGGCCGCCGUCCCGGCGUCCACGACCCCGGAAGUAAUCUCCGAGAAAACCCUGGACUCGGGCGUCAUCCUCCGCGUCUACGCCCCUCUCAACAGCACAACCCAGGUAGACGCCGACGCCGACGCCGAACCCGAACAGACCAUCGAGAAGCGCGACUACUGCGGCGAAUCGGGCCAGUCCUUCGGCACAAACGACGCCGCCACGCUCUCGGCCCAGCUGCAGAAGAUCGGCCCCAACGACAUGACCUACGUCGGCCACCACCAGACCGUCACCUUCCAGUGGGGGUCGGCCAAGAUCUGCAUCUACAACGCGUACUGGUCGCAGAACACGCACGUGUCCAACUGGGAGGCCGGCUGGGUCACGGGUUACAUCAAGAACAAGUGCUGCAGCGGGAACAUGUGUGGCGGCGGCACUGCUGUCGCGCAUGGUGAUAGCGGUCUCGCGCUGACUUGUCAGCUUAUGAACUCUGGAACUGCGUGUCCCGUUUAUUAG